CAGAAGGGGGUAGAACUCUCAGUUCAUCAAGAGAAUUGAGCCUUUGAGGACUUGCUAGGAAGUUCUUGACAGAGGGUAACGCCACUAGAUGAAUCACAUUGUUCCUUUUGGGAGAAGAUGAAAACUUUCUUUGUGGCUAUUUUGGCUACCAGUUAUUUCUCAUAUAUUUUUGGUAACGGGCCACACAAGGACAUUCCAUGCGGUUACUAUCAAAAGAAGACCAUACGACAAAAAUCUAUAUGCUCCAUAAGAGCCAGCCCAUUAUGCGCUUCUAAUAAUGUUACGUAUUCUAAUUCCUGCGUGUACUGCUUCGCUAACAUAGCUUUGAAACACACUUUGAAAAUUCAAUACAGUGGAAAAUGCAGAACGACUAAAAAAUCUCAGAAUAAGACCUGAUUUUCCUUCAUUCGUCAGGACUGAACCCAUUUGAAUUAAAUGUCGUCUUUCUUUCAAAAAGUGGAAUUCAUUACAUCACUUUAUUUUUAAAAAAUCAAUAAAUCUUAUGCUAUGGAAAGCCCCUCUUUAACUCAAGAUAUAUUUAAUGAGA